CAUUUUACCAACAUGUUUCUUCUGACUGGAAGUAAUAUUAACAUUUUGUUCAGCCCUAAUCAGUCAGGGGGUCAGGCUACUCUGGCGGUUCAUACAAAUCUGCGGUAGGAAACAUAAAAGUUCUGAUGGCUUUGUUAACCUUAAUAUUAAGAGACCCCUCCAGCGCAUCUGCAAAUCCUUCGCUCGAUUUUGCCCGAGUCGGGGUUUGAUUAUGUUGGCCUAGUUCAAGGGCUCAAGCAGGAAGUAUGCAAGUAGAUCCGCACCAUUUCUCAUCCGGCGAAACAAAUUGUUGAGCCGGGUGGGCGUGGUUUGCACGCAAUUUCAGACGGCGCUUCACCUAGUAGGCCUACAUAGAUUCGACCAAAUGCCUGAGAUAAAGAUAGAAGAGUUGUACAUGCCAAAAAAAUUAAAUGCUGUCCUAAAUAAAUUGUAAUGUACAUGGAAUUGGUUAUAUAUAAUAAAAUGCAGGCUCUGUGUUUGCCAGCAGGUGAACCCUAGUAGUUUAUACAGUUCUACCAAAAAGUAUAAACACCACCAAAAUGUUAUGUUGCAAACUUCUAUAACUGACUGGAGUACUUUUAUUCUAUCAAAGAUCUACACACAGUACCAUGUGAUAGACAAGGCAAAACAGCUGUUUAGAAAGAUGUUCAAUCUUUUCUAUUGCCAAAAAGCUUGUUAAGCUGAUGUUUCACAUCCAGAGUCUUCACCAACACCAACACAACUCUGGUCCUUAAAUAACUGCACUGCCUCCUUUAUCCAAAGAUAGAAUUUAAAAUCUUUAUGAUCUAUAAGGUACUGUCUCUGUCCUAAAUAUAUAUUUCAGAGUUGCUGGUCAGUAUGAACCAUGUAGACCUCAUAGGUCACCAGAGACCUCCUUAAUCAGUGUUUCCAGGACCAAAACUAAACAACGGGAGGCAACAUUUAAUUUCAAUGCUUGUCAGCUCUAGAACCAACUGCCUAAGAGCCUAAGAUGUGUGGAAUCUGUUGGCUCUUUUAAAUCUGGGCUGAAACAUUAAUGUUUGCUGCAGCAUACUAAAAAAAGGUCCAAAGUUGCUUUUCCAUUCCAUCAUGUUUCAGCUUUUUCUUUGCUUAAAUUUGAUUAUUUUAACAUUUCAUUUUUUAUGUGAUUAUAUGUCAUGUUUUUAUGCUUUUAUUUGAUGCUUUGCUUGUCCUUAUGGUGUAACAGAUGUUUUUUCUUUAAUCUUUGACUCUUUGUUGUUCCUUUAAAAUACUUUGAAUUACCCUGUGUAUCAAUGGUGUGUUACAAAUAAACUAGCCCUGGGUUGCUGUUACCUUAUACUUUGUUGAAAUACCUUUGGGAAUGAACAAAGCCUCAUGUGUUCUUGGGUUUCUCUUUUCAAGCUUAGCACAUGUGUUUUGGGGUAUUUUCAAUGAAUCAUUGCCUUGGUCUCAGUUUUAAAGCACUCUUUAGCAGCUUUUCUUGAAGAAUCUCUCUAUUUUUGGCUGCUGCCUGUGCAGACCAGUCUCCCAGUUCCUGCCACAGAAAAAUAUCCUCACAGCAUGACACUGCCACAACCAUGCUUUACAGUGGGGCUAGUUUGAGCCACAUUACAAGCAGUAAACUGUUUUUUUCAAAACAUGAUGCUUGGAUUUCAGUUCAGAAAGGUCUAGUUUGAUUUCAUCAGACCACAGAAUUUAAUUUAUCUUGUUCAGAUAAUUUCUAAAGGUUUUUUCUUUGGCAAAAUUGGACUGCAGUUUCAUUUUUAGUGAGUAGUGGCCUAUGCCUGGCCACCCUAUUAUUAAUACCAAUUGGUGGAGUACAUUAGCAAUGGUCGACUCUCUGGAUUAAAACAACUAAUUCUCUUAGGUCUAAAGAUAAUUAUUUUUGACUUCAUUGCUUGAUUCCUGGCUUAAUAUGCUCUGACAGACUUUCACACAGGUUCAGCUGACAGAAUUCAGAAACGGGUAAACUCCAACCAGCCCCUAUGGAUUGGAAACCUGUCCUGGUUGUACCCCUGCCUCUUUCCCCUUCAAGGAUUGAGCAGGUAUAGAAAAUGGAUGGAUGGAUGGAACUCAGAUGGAACUCAGCAAAAAUGUGUGUUUCUUGAAAAGGAAGAAUGCUGUGAACCUAUCAUAUUAAAUGCUUUAUUUCUUUAUAAAUUUCUUAAUAAGUUUACAAAAAUUAUUAAAAACAUGCUUGCACUUUGUCAUAAUGGGCUGUUUUGCGUAGAUAUUUUUGGGAAGGACACUAUUUUUUACUAUAAGUCUAUACUGUAACGAAAUCUGGAAAAGGUAAACGGAUGGGAAAAGUUUCUGGUGCGGGUUAGUAGUUUCUAAACGCUUCGCUGUCCAUUUAAGAGGGAAACUUACUCCUCCCACGGCAUCCCGUCACCGCUUCUUCCCGGGUGAUCCACCGGCUGACUGUUAAAGGAAUGCGUCCUGUAUGUUCACGACAACCAUUUAAAGCGAAGUGUUUUCACCAUGUUUCGCAUGUUUUUAUCUCGUAGUUUAUGUGCCAAAUGCGCCCCGCUAACAGCGCCACGGUAUCUAAUAACACCGCAAGCAGACGGUGUUUUUAUUCGGACACAGAGGCGUUUUUUCGGGGGCACAGUCAUUUGUAAACACCGAUCAAAGUCCAGAACCUGGAUGUACGGGGUUGGUGUUGGCGUUGUUUUAGCUGUAGGCCUGAAAUACAGCUCCGACUCUGCAAACAGCUCAUGUGAUGAUAAAAUUAAAAUAGCACAAAAGACUAAAUCUUACAGAGACGCCAUAAAAGUGAGCAGAGACCUCCUGGAGCGGAUAAAGGUAGGCAAGGAGGCUGAGGUCGGAGCUCCAGGACUGGUAGUUGGGGUUGCUGUGGAUGGUGUUGAAGUGUGGUCUGAAGGAAUUGGUUGUGCUGAUUUGGAGAAUCGUGUCCCAUGCUCUCCUGAUACGGUGAUGCGAAUUGCCAGCAUCAGUAAGCCCCUCACAUCUGCAGCUGCUGCACGACUGUGCGAGGAAGGUAAACUCGAUCUUGAUGCCCCCGUCCAAAACUAUGUGCCAGAGUUUCCUCAGAAACAGUUUGAUGGAAAAGAUGUUACAAUAACUUCUCGUAUGUUACUAUCACACCUAAGUGGUAUAAGGCACUAUGAGAAAGAUGCAAAAAAAGUCAAAGAGGACAAAGAGAAAGCCAAGAGACUCCUGAAGCUUCCAGGUAAACAGAAAGAGGAUGAGAAAAGCUUAUUUGAAAGCCGAGAUAAACCCGGAGCAGAUCAAUCCUCUAAAGGCAAAGAAUCCACUCAGGCUCAGAGGAAAAAAGAAUUUGAGCAUGAAGAGUACUACUUAAAGGACAAUUUUGAAAGUGUCAUUCAGUCCCUGGACCUUUUUAAGGAUGACCCACUAAUUUUCAAACCUGGCACCACCUUCCUGUACUCCACUCACGCCUUCACCCUGCUUAGUGCUGUUUUGGAGCGGGCUGCGCGCCAACGCUUCCUGGAUCUCAUGAUGAACAUGUUCCGGGAGCUGGGAAUGCUCAAUACAGUUCCAGAUGAGAAUGACCCCAUUAUCUAUCACCGAUCCAGAUUCUAUCACCUCAACAAGCGAGGGCGAGUAGUAAACUGCCCGUAUGUAGACAACUCCUACAAAUGGGCUGGAGGUGGCUUCCUCUCCACAGUGGGAGAUCUAUUGCUCUUUGGUAACGCUCUUCUCUAUAGCUACCAGGUGGCCCAACUUAAGGACACUGAUGACUUUCUCCCUGGCUUCCUUAAACCCAAAUCAGUCAUAGAGCUGUGGACACCAGUUGACAAGACGGAGGCCAGCUGGGAUAAAGACGGACUGUAUGGCCAAGGCUGGCUGGUGGUUGAGAAGCUGCAGAAGUAUGGUCAGUGCAGGAAACGCAGGCAUUAUGUGUCCCACACAGGAGGAGCUGUGGGGGCCAGCAGCGUUCUUCUUGUGUUGCCCAGUGAGGAGCUAGACCAACACCAGGGACAGAACUUCUUCCUCCCACAAGGGGUGGUGGUCACCAUUAUCACAAACAUACAGUCAGUGGGACUGAAUAGCACUGCACUAAAAAUUGCUCAUCAGUUUGACAAAGCCAGAAAUGUGUGAGUAAGUCAUUUUAAGUUCACUGAAAAUGUGGCUACAAAUGUUGGUUUUCUACAGCUUUUAAAUCCAGCAAAAAAAAACUGUUGACCCAUACCUCAUCUUAUUGUAAAAUGUAUAUUAGUUUUUUAAAUGAGUAGGAAUGCAAAUGCAGUCCACAAGACAAACUCUAAAGUUCUAAACAGCUUUUAACUUUCUAUUUAGUAUGUGAAGUUAAUAUUUUGUUAUUCAAAACAAAGUUGAAGCCUUCAAUGCUUUUGCAAGCAUUAUUGGAAUUUCCUAAAGUAGGCUUCAGAGAAUGUUUCCAGGCUCCCUAGAGGACCUUUCAAAGUGCUUCUUUUGAUUUUGGCUAACUUUUAUUGGAUUUUCCCCUCCAGUACUAAAAUCAUGUUAAUGUCCGUGGUCGAAAGAAGCCAAUCUGUGAUUGAUAGCGUAUCUAUUGGCCUUUAAGUUUUUUAUUUUUCUCCGUGUUCGGUCUUGCAUACCGUAUUGGCAGCAUGUUUAGAAUUAUUGCCACUGAAAUAUGAAGCCAGUUGGCUUUCUGUCCACAUCUUGUGUAAUUUGGCAUUCCUCAGCCUUUUUUCUCCUUGCUGCUUUUGACAAGAAAGGUUUCACACCCACUGAAAGCAAUGAAGCAAUUCUUGAUGGGAGUUUCAGUAAGAAGGUGGCUUCGGUAGAAGGAAUUACAGAAGAGCCAAACACAUCUCUCAGGUCCUCUGUCUGAUCUCUAAAGGAUUUUUAUUCCUAAUUUGACGAUGUCCAUCCGUGUAGGUUCUUUUAGACUAUCCACUUCUUUUGUUCUCCUUUUUUUUUCCACUCCCAAACAUGGAGCAGGUUUCUGUCUAAGAAACAUUUUGAAAUGUUUUAAAAGCAAAAUGUUAUUUGUGUGUCUUCACUAACAUCACUCAUAGAAUGACGCAAAUAAUCUCUGCAUCAUGCUGCCUAUGGAUAAAGAUUAUAUUUGAAAUGUUUUUGCUAAAUUCUAUAUAAUUUCUAGACUGAACCAUGUUUAACCUCUAAAGUUGUCCUUUUUUAUGCUCAAAUGAUAAUACAUCCUUGUUUGGUUGCUUAACGAAAACAAAUACUAAAAUCAAAACAAAACAAUGUGAAAGAAAGUCCCUGAAUAAUUUUUUAGGAUAUAAAAUAAAUCUUUGCAGUGUAUUUAUGAAUGCAAAGUAUAAGUCCAGCAAAGGGUACCACUUUUGCCAAAUCAAAACGAGGAAGUAUUUCAGGCGGUCAGUUUUUUUUUUUUCAAACUUGAUCAGGUUAGAUACAAAGUGAAAUGAGAUUAAACAAACAAUAAAUCUGGUUUUGGGUUUUACAAAUUGUUCAUCUGCUCACAAAUUGUUUUACAGAUUUUUCAUCUGUUCAUCCGUCUUAAGAUGUAGAAUUUUCUAAUGUGUCUUUCAUAUUUAACAUUUUUUAUUAAGCUCUACUUGCUUAUAGUUGAGACUUGUUGCUGAAGGAUUUUUAUAAUUUUUACCAGUAAGCUUUCAAAGUUUUCAACUUAUGUUUCUUCUUAACAUCGCUGAGACUGUAAAAAAUGUAUUUUAUACCCAUGAAAAGUUUGUCAGCCUAAUGUUCUAUAAAAUUGUUCCUUUUU